AUGCCUGUCUCCUCACGCUAUCCUCCCGUCGACAUUCCGGACCUUGACAUCUGGUCUUUUCUCUUCGAACGCCAGGAUAAGCCCUUUCCAGAUGAUAAGGUAAUCUACCAGGAUGCGGACACACAGCGAUCCUACACCUAUCAACAAGUCAAGGAUGCCGCCCUUACCUUUGGCAAGGGCCUCAAGGCCACCUUUGACUGGAAGAAGGGCGACGUACUGGCCCUCUUCACCCCGAACAGCAUCGACACCCCAGCCGUGAUGUGGGGUGCUAUCUGGGCUGGCGGUGUCGUGUCGCCAUCCAACCCAGCCUACACAGCCGAGGAGCUGGCCUUCCAGCUCAAGAACUCCGGCGCCAAAGUCCUCGUCACGCAGGCGCCCUUCCUCCAGGUAGCCACCGCGGCAGCGAAAGAAGCCGGCAUUCCAGAAGACGGAAUCAUCCUCAUCGGCGACCAGCGCGACCCCCAAGCGCGCAUUAAGCACUUCACCUCCAUCCGCAACAUCUCCGGCGCUACUCGCUUCCGCAAGCCCAAGGUCAACCCAUCCCGCAACCUCGCCUUCCUGGUCUACUCCUCCGGCACGACCGGUGUGCCCAAGGGCGUGAUGCUCUCGCACCGGAACAUCGUCGCCAACAUCCUCCAGCUCGCCGCCGGCGAAGCGGGCAACCUCACCUGGAACGGCGGCGUCGACGGCACAGGAGACCGCAUCCUAGCCUUCCUCCCCUUCUUCCACAUCUACGGUCUAACCUGCCUCCUCCACCAAACGAUCCACAAAGGCCUGCACCUCUACGUAAUGACCAAAUUCGACAUCGAGCAAUGGUGCUCGCACGUCCAAAACUACCGCAUCACAUUCAGCUACGUCGUGCCCCCCGUGGUCCUCCUACUGGGCAAACACCCCAUCGUCUCCAAAUACGACCUCUCCAGCCUCCGCAUGAUGAACUCCGGCGCCGCCCCGCUCACCCAAGAACUCGUCGAAUCCGUCUACGCCCGCAUCAAAUGCGGCAUCAAGCAAGGCUACGGCCUCAGCGAGACCAGCCCCACCACACACACUCAACCCUGGGAAGAAUGGCGCUCCACCAUCGGCUCCGUCGGUAAACUCCUCCCCAACAUGGAAGCCAAGUACAUGACCAUGCCCGAGGACGCCUCCGAACCCGUCGAAGUGCCCGCCGGCGAAGUCGGCGAACUGUACAUGCGCGGCCCCAACGUCUUCCAAGGGUACCACAAUAACCCCGCCGCCACGGCGGAAUGUCUCUCUGAGGACGGUUGGUUCCGCACUGGUGAUGUCGGGUUCCAGGACCCGCAGGGGAACUUUUAUAUCACGGAUCGCGUUAAGGAACUCAUCAAGUAUAAGGGGUUCCAGGUGGCGCCGGCGGAGUUGGAGGGCAUUUUGGUUGAUAAUGAGGCUGUCGAUGAUGUCGCCGUUAUUGGGGUCGAGAGUGAGGCCCAUGGCACGGAGGUGCCGCUGGCGUAUGUGGUUCGCAGCGCGAAGAGUCUUAACUCGGGGGUGAGUGCUGCGCAAGAGGCGGAGAAUAUUGUCAAGUGGUUGGAUGCGAAGGUUGCGUAUCAUAAGCGGCUUAGAGGGGGUGUGAGUUUCGUCAAGGAGAUUCCCAAGAGCGCCAGUGGGAAGAUCCUGAGACGGUUGUUGAAGAAGAAGGCUAAAGAGGAGGGCAUCGGGGCUGGUGCGGCGGGGCCGAAGGCCAAGUUGUAG